CGAUAAUUUUAAGAAUAGAUACCUCAACUAAACAAUUAAACAUAAAAUAGAUAAUAUAGUGGAAAAUAAUGGAAAUUCAUUCUUGUUUUGUUAUGAUUUUAUUUAAAAGAGUAAUGGUCAUUGAUGAAAGAAUAUUAUAAAGAACUAUUGUUGAUAUGCAAAAAGAAUUUUGAAUUGAAGAGUGAAACAUGAUCUGAUUUGCAAUAUAUUAAAAAAGUUUAUCCGUCCACGGAUCCUUAAAUACAAAAAACGUUAAAAGAGCGAUCAGUGUAUAGAGGUUUGCCUGCAGUAUGCUCAGGGUUUCCAAUACAGGAUUAUUAUGGCUGCAGGUGAGGCCAGCACAACGAAGUCUCGUCAAGAAAAACAAUACGAUUAUCUCCUCAAAUUUUUGCUGGUGGGUGACAGUGACGUUGGAAAACAAGAAAUCUUGAGUGGACUUGAAGACGGUGCUGCCGAAUCUCCGUUUUGCAGCGGCAGUGCAUAUAAAACUACUACUAUUUUACUGGAUGGAAAAAGAGUAAAAUUACAAUUAUGGGAUACAUCAGGUCAGGGUAGAUUUUGUACAAUAAUCAGAUCUUAUUCUCGUGGAGCUCAAGGUAUAUUCUUAGUCUAUGAUAUUACCAAUAAAUGGUCUUUUGAUGGUAUCGACAGAUGGCUAAAAGAAGUUGAAGAACAUGCUCCUGGAGUACCAAAAGUACUUGUUGGUAAUCGUCUUCAUUUAGCUUUUAAAAGACAAGUAGGAGAACGUGAUGCUGAAGCAUAUGCAGCUAAAAAUCACAUGGCAUUUUUUGAAGUUUCACCUCUCUGUGAUUUUAAUAUUCGUGAAAGUUUUUCUGAACUUUCUCGAAUGGCUUUACAUCGUAAUGGUAUGGAAAGAUUGUGGCGCUCUAAUAAAGUUCUCAGUCUUCAGGAACUUGCAUGUCGUGCAAUAGUUGCAAGAACAACAGUUUACGGUAUUGAUCAACUUCCAUUGCCUAAAUCUAUUAAAUCUCAUUUAAAAUCUUAUGCAAUGACAACUACAUCACAAUUACGAUAUAAUGGAAAUAGAUCAUUGAGCUCUAGUAAAAGUUUAGGUUCUCAUCAUCGAAAAUUACGUUUUGUUGGUGUAGGCCAUAAUGGAUUAUCAACUCCAGGUAGUUCACCUGGUAGUAUAACAGAUUCUCGUACCAGUUGUGUUGGUCGUAAUUCUUGCACAAUAUCUUGAGAAUAAUUUUAAGAUUAUAAUUGUAAAUAUACAAUAUUAAUUUUUCCUUCCUGUUUUGACAUAAAAAAA